GGCGGGCGGUGUAGCGCAUCUGUGGCGGAUCCCAAACGUCGUCGCGAAAACAAACAGAUACAGCGUCUGUCUAUUCCUGGUAAAAAAUAUACAACUACCAGGCAGUUUUGCGAAGCCAGUGUCACAUCUCUGCCAUUGUUGUCGCCUUGGCCAAAGUGGAUCUCAUCAGUUGAACUUCUCCAUCAGCCAUCGGAGCUCACGGCGGGCCUGCUGGCGAGAUCUAGACCACACAUGGAGCUUUGCGAAGAGGAUCGGGGCAAGUUUUGCUGAAAUCACCAGAGCAGGAGGCGCGUAAGGGUCGAACCAGGAAGGUGUGAUGAAGGAUCGUCUGGCCGAGCUGACUGCUACUAAGACCCGAGAAGAGGAGGAUGUCGAUGUUACAGAGGACUGCAGGGAUGGCUUCAUGGAGAGCUAUUUCAGGAGGGUGGAGGAAGUCAGGGGGCUCAUUGAUAAAAUCUCCUACCAAGUGGAGGAGGUGAAGAAGCUGCACAGCAUGAUCCUGUCUGCACCCAACCCGGAUCACAGCACAAAGCUUCAACUGGAUGGACUGACCACUGAUAUCAAAGGGAAUGCCAAUGUUGUGCGAACUAAAUUAAAAUUCAUGGAGCAAAGUAUGCCAAAAGACGACAUCGCUAACAGAGCUUCUGUUGACUUGAGGAUCCAGAAGACGCAGCACACCGUGCUGUCGAGGAAGUUUGUGGAAGUCAUGACCCAAUACAAUGAGACGCAAGUGUCCUUUCGGGAACGGAGCAAAGGAAGGAUCCAGAGACAAUUGGAGAUAACAGGAAGAACGACCACCAAUGAAGAACUGGAGGACAUGCUGGAGAGUGGAAAUCCAUCAAUCUUCACAUCUGAUAUCAUUUCUGAUUCGCAAAUCACUCGUCAGGCCUUAAAUGAGAUAGAAUCCCGUCACCAGGACAUCAUGCGUCUGGAGUCCAGCAUCAGGGAGCUUCAUGCAAUGUUCAUGGACAUGGCAAUGCUGGUAGAAACUCAGGGGGAUAUGGUGAACAACAUUGAGAAUAAUGUCUCUAAUGCAGCUGAGUACAUUUAUUGUGCAAAGGAAGAGACUAAAAAGGCAGUGAGAUACCAGAAGAAGUCACGCAGGGUUUCUCUGCUUUUACUCAUCAUACCGAUUGGAGUCUGUGGCAGGUGGAUUUCUUGGUUCACGAGCUUAGACUUCAGAGAAGACCCUUUGGCCAGCUCCACAACAAGAUUACAAGUUUCCAUUCAGUGCAAUUACAAGAAAGCUACCUUUAGCACAUAAAUAUAAAUAUAAUGUAUGCAAUGCAGUUUGCACAAGACACAUGUAACCUUCCAGUAAACUGGAAACAGGAAGAUUAUUACGAGCCUUACACUCCCAUGUCUGCAGGAUCAACCCUCUGCUGGCUGAAGCUGCAUACACACAUGAAGGUCUGUCAAUCUUCUAAGAUCUUACUGCAAAGCCGGGCAGCCUAGUAAGCCUUGUGGCAAAAUCUGAAGCUGUGACUUUCAAAAGAUUCAACCGCUGUAAUCUUCGUCUUUGUAUAAUUUUCACAAAUAAUGUUGUAGCGUCAGCCUCUUUUGUUCUCCCUCUUCCUUUUAUAUAUUACCUUUGUAUGCUAUUCAUUUUAACAAAAUAUGAAAGCAUUAUGACUUAGGGAUACCUUAGAGAUUGAAAAUACAAAAAUAUCCUUAACUUAUUGAAUUUAUGGUGUGCGAUGACUGGAAUAAUCAUGAAAAAAGUGGUGCAUUAAUGCAGUACUGUUGGAUAAUUCUUUCAAGAGCGCCCAUAUAAGUUUUUCUAUUGUGUACUUUGUACCGAAAAGAAUAAUAAUUAAAAUAUUCUUAAUAAAAUAUGUGUGCAGAAUAAUGAA